GGUUGUUAGUAGGAAAACAAUAAUUGAGUUGGUUGGUUAAUGCUGCAUCGAAAAUGGACGGAGUUGUAAAGGAGAACUUUGCUGGCAUUGAAGGAACAUACCUCCUUUCUUUAACGUUAUACUUGACGCGAUUUGUUGGAUUCGUUGAAAACAGUUUAAAGGUACCAUUUUAUCAUGUCAUUUUGGAAACAAUUUUAAUUUUGUGGAUCAUCAGACUUUUGACAACAAAGAGUUACACUCCGAGAGAACAAAGAUUGAAGCUCAGCAAAGAGGAGGAAGAAGCAUUGAUUGAAGAUUGGAAACCUGAGCCAUUAGUUCCCAAAAAGAAGAUAUGUGAUUAUGUUGUUAAUCCCAAGAUUGUCAAAGGAAAAGCUGGCAUUAGAAUGAACAUUGAUGGCAAAGACUGCCUCAAUCUUGCAACUUUCAAUUUCUUAGGGUUUAUUGGCAAGAAAGAAAUAGAGGAUUCAGCUAUUGAUACAUUGAGAAAAUAUGGUCUAGGGGCAUGUGGUCCAAGAGCUUUCUAUGGCAGCAUUGAUGUCCAUCUCCAUCUAGAAGAAAAGAUUGCUUCUUAUCUUGGCACACAAGAGGCUGCUUUGUAUUCUUAUGGCUUUUCAACCGUUGCUAGUGUUAUACCAGCAUAUUCUAAAAGGACUGACGUUAUAUUUUGUGAUGAUGGAGUAGGAUUUGCAAUUCAGAAGGGAAUUAUGGCAUCAAGAAGCAAAGUUUAUUGGUUUAGACAUAAUGAUAUGAUGGACCUCGAAAGGAUAUUGAAAGAGCAGGAAGAGAGAGAUAUCAAGAACCCGAAGAAAGCUAAAUCGACGAGAAGGUUUUUGGUAGUUGAAGGGAUUUAUGCAAACUAUGGGGAUAUUGCCCCCUUGCCAAAAUUGGUUGAGUUGAAAAACAGGUAUAAAGUUCGCAUGAUUGUGGAAGAAACAAUGUCAUUUGGUGUGCUUGGUAGACAUGGCAAAGGAAUCACUGAGCAUUAUGGGAUACCCGUUGAAGAGGUUGAUCUUAUCGCGGUCUCUUUAGAAACAUCUCUUGCCACGGUUGGUGGAUUUUCUGCUGGUUCAUCGUUCAUUGUUGAUCAUCAGCGCUUAUCGGGUCAAGGGUAUGCCUUCUCUGCAUCACUUCCCCCACUUCUUGCAACCGCUGCGAAUUCGGCAUUGGAUAUAAUGAACAAGCAUCCAGAAAUGUUUGAAAGGACUCGGAAGAAUGCAAGUCUUUUAAGGGACGAGCUAAAAGGGAUUACUGGUCUGAGCGUAGAAGGGGAUUUGAUUUCACCAAUUAUCCAUCUUCGUCUGAUUAAAGAAAAUUCAGAAAAGUCGCGUCAAGAGCAAGAAAGGAUUCUUCAGAAGAUUGUCGAUGAGGCUCUUGAAGAUGGUGUUGCUUUGACAUUGGCUAGAUAUCUCAACGACCAGGAACUUCAUUUACCCUUGGCAAGCAUCCGCAUAACGGUCAACAGUGAACUUUCAUCUGAAGACAUCACUGAGAGUGCGGAAAAAAUCAAACUGGCCGCCAAAAACGUUCUUGUUUAGGCCACUGGAUGUUUUUAGAAUAGAAGAGUAAAUAUUUGCUACGGUGUCAAUAAAUGAAAGCAAUAAUUCGAGUCAAUAAUAUUUUCUACUAAUAACAUAUUUUAUUACGCUUUCAGAAACAUAUUUAAGCAUUUUGAUUGAAGGGCUGACUGGUCUUCAUAGUUAUUGCUGUUCCAAAGUUAUCGUUCACAAGUAAAACUUUUAACGUUUAUAAUGCACAGUUCGAGCUUUUUGUUAGUAACUCCCUAUCACUGUGUAGGAAUAUGAUGUCAUUUGCGUUCAUUCGUCUGCAAGUUGGAAAAUCACUUUUUGCCACGCUUUAUAAAGUCCUAUCUUCUUUACACGGAUGUUUCUUGUAUAUCUGCCAUUUUUCUUGAAAUAAAACGAGUUGUCAAUUUUCAA